UUAGCUUGGACGGUUACAGACAGCGGCCAAAAAUGCGAACAAUACGGAAGAGAACCGGACUUCCAGCGCAUCGCCCAUCAUUACAAACGGCACCACCUCUGAUGACGGCGAAGUUGGAGAGAAGAUGAACGAGCUUCGGUCCACCAUUGAGAUGCAGAAUUCGGAGCUUAGCAACAGUCAGCGGAAAAUUUCAGAACUGUCGUCCAAAGUGUCAGAAAUGGAGAGUGUUCUGGGCUCUGCACAGAGGGAUCUGCGAAUGGCACAAGAUGCAAAUGCCCGGUUACAAAAGGAACUCCGGGAAACGGAGCUGUCUCGAAAGGAGGACGAAGAGGAGAGAAUAGUAGCCUUGGAGAAGCAAUUUCUUACGUGUCAGCGUGAAGCAACGUCAGUUAGAGAUCUCAACGAAAAGCUGGAAGAGGAGUUGAAGAACCGCGAGGCACAGCUGAAGCUAACGGAAGAGAAAGUCAGGGCAUUGGAAGAAAAGCUGGAGGUAUCCGAGCAGAAAGCUAUGGAGGUCACGGCGUUGGAAGAGCAGUUGAAACGGAAUGCCUUCGCCGCCUCAAAUUCCAACUCCGCGGAUAAAUCUGCUGACGAUGCGGAUGAACGUUCUUCUGCUGAUGAUCGCAUUUUACGGCUCGAAAACGAGCUGGAUGUGAAGAACAACGAAGUUAUCCGGUUUGAACACCGACUCCGAGUCAACGAGGACCACAAUCAGCGUCUAUCAGCAACUGUCGAUAAGCUUUUGGCCGAAUCUAAUGAUCGGCUCCAGGUGCAUUUGAAGGACAAGAUGCAUUUACUUGAAGAGAAGGCGCAAAUGGGACAUGAUCUGAACAGAUUCAAGAAAAUGUUCGAGGAAGCGCAAGGAGAAAAGGGCAUGGUGUUGGAAGAGCUAGCGAAAUGUCGGGUGGAAAUCGAUGGUCUGAAGCGACAGAUAAUCGCGCAAGAACUGACAGCACGCACAGAAGCAAUGACGAGGAAUUUAACGUCCACUCCAGUCAAAGAAAGCAUUUCAGCUGUUGGUUCAGCAUUUUAUGAUUCUAGGUCAUUGCCGAGGCUUCCACCAAAGCCGCGAAUGGCUGGAAUUUCUCCAACGGAUUCUUCCAAGCGCCUGUCACCGGCGUUGCAGAUGGUGCCGAGUGCGAUGAACGCCGUGGACUGGGACCACCUCGACGAGGACUUCGACGACGGCGUUCACGGGGACCUGGAGGACGAGCGAGCUGCGGCGGAAAGGGCGCUCUUUUCUGGGCUAGAUCUCAUGUCUCCGGCUGGCGGCGGCGCUGGGGGAAGCCAAUCCGAUGCUCACACGUUGGCAAGGAUGCUGCAGGAACAACUGGACGCCAUAAACAACGAAAUUCGUUUAAUACAAGAGGAGAAAGCGACGACGGAGCAGAGAGCGGAAGAGUUGGAAUCCCGAAUGGGCAGCAUGGAAGUUCUCAGUGUCGUUGGCGGCGGUCGAGGUGGGAUGUUUUUGGAAGGACGGCGUCCGCCGUCUCCGCCGCCGCCCUUGUCGCGUCCGCCUUCCAUCAUACCGUGCCAUCCUCCUCCGCGGCCGCCGUACCACUCGAUCCCUAUUUCGUCCACGGGUUCGGGACCUGCGUCGCACAAGUACCAUACAAUUUCCUCUUCUAUAUCCGGCGGAUUUUCACCGUACGGUUACGAGAACAGUGGUCCUCACUCUGUUCCCAUGUCUAUGUCGUCAGAAUUGUCUGCUAGUCAAUCGGGUCUAGUCGUGAAUAAUGUGAUGGAGAAUGAUGGGAACCCGGGUUCCAGCGAGGCCCGCGCUGGAAUGGGCGCUUCCGAACAUUCGCCUAGUCCCACCCAUAGUAACGAAGAAAUGCGGAGGGGCGGUGGUGCGGCUGCUUCGCCUUCUAGCCUCGGGGGCGGUAACGCUGGGUUUCCCGUGAGCACGUCGGCGUCUUCCCUGACCCCGGGCGGCUCCGGCCCGAAUCUCAUGUCCCGGCCUUUCGGGAUGCCUUCAAUGAAAAUACCUCAGCAUCAGUCCUACCUCACUGUGCCGAGAUCUCUCAGAGCACCGAUGGAUACGAGUGGUGGACUUUCAGGAUUUUAUACGGCCGGUGUGUCUCCAUUGUCAUCUGCAAACUCGAGUCAAGAUUCACUGUACAGUAAGAACGUGUAUCCGAUGAUGGGCCCGAGUAUGAUGGGACCUGGUUCUGUAAAGAAAUCGAGAGGGUUGAAGUCGUCACUCGGGAGGCUUUUCUCCAAAAAGGAAAAGCAACAGCAACAGGGACUCAAGUCACCAGGCAUGAUGAUGAUGGGUGGUCAUGGGAGUUCAUCCGGUGGCGGUGGUGGAUCGCCGGUGUCUUACGCCGGCGGGUUCGGCGCCAGCAGCAGCGGAUUCAGCAGCGACGGAGAAAUGAGCGGCACAGAUACGCUCGGCUUCAAAGACUUGGACCGACGCAAGAAGCGGAAAAAUGAGCUGCUUGCCGAGGCGAUGAAGGCUGGCACCCCAUUCGCUCUCUGGAAUGGACCAACGAUCGUGGCCUGGCUAGAGGUUUGGGUCGGCAUGCCGGCCUGGUACGUGGCGGCGUGUCGGGCGAAUGUCAAGUCGGGUGCCAUCAUGUCUGCGUUGUCUGACACUGAGAUCCAGCGAGAGAUCGGGAUUUCGAACCCGCUGCACCGUCUCAAGCUGCGACUCGCGAUCCAGGAGAUGGUGAGUCUUACGAGUCCGUCGGCGCCGUCGUUGUUUGGCGGCGAUUGCACGACGCUGGCUUUUGGAGACAUGAACCACGAGUGGCUCGGUAAUGGGUGGCUGCCGAGCAUCGGCUUGCCGCAGUAUCGGUCCACGUUCAUGGAGUGUCUGGUCGACGCCAGGAUGCUGGAGCAUUUAUCGAAAAAAGACCUUAGGGUGCAUCUCAAAAUGGUUGAUUCGUUUCAUCGCACUGCAUUACAUUUCGGAAUUGUGUGCCUGAAACGACUCAACUAUGAUCGUAAACAGUUGGAGGACCGACGAGCACAAGCAGAAAACGAUCUCAGGGACGUGAUUGUUUGGUCGAAUGAUCGUGUAAUGAAAUGGGUUUCUGCUAUAGGACUUCGCGAAUACGCGAAUAAUUUGAUGGAGAGUGGGGUUCAUGGUGCUCUUGUGGCUUUGGACGAGAACUUCGACCAUAAUGCUAUGGCUCUAUGUCUGCAGAUACCUCCUCAGAACGUUCAGGCUCGAGGGCUGCUAGAACGAGAGUUCAUUCGACUGCUGGCAGAGGGAACGUCGAGAACGAUCCCGCAGUCGGUUUCUUCGUCGGAUAAUUUGGGAAGCGGCUUGUCAGAGCUUCCUCCGAAGUCGUGAUGUUUUUUCCUUAGGGAGUUCAAAAAAUAAUUGUGUGUGGGGCCGGUAAAAGAAAUAUGGGACUGGAAUCGCUGUGGAGUCUGCGCGGUCGUCGACUUUUUUUCCUUCCGCGCCGACGUUAUUUAUUCGCACGAGCGCGGCUCUCGUUGCUUCGCUCCUCGUUGCCUGACUGAAAAAACUGACCGGAACGCUGUUUUUUUUUUCUCUCUCAGGAGUCAACGGGAAACUGUUGGAAAGUUUCUGAACCUUUUUACUGAAAAAGGGGCCUUUGGCCGAACUUACUUUCUCACCUGAAAAAUUGACCUUCAAGAACUGAGGAUUUGCAGUAUUUUGAGUCGUCUCCAGAAAUAAUUCUUUGCAGGCUUUCUUGAACGGGAGUCUUCCGUUUCGGAGACGUCAAUGGAGGCAUUUUAGUCUAAUUAAUUAAUUAAUUGAAUCAUUACUGUGACUAAUCAACGUCGCAUGUAUCCGGAAAUCAAAUGAUCGAUUUGAUGAUUUUUAUUUAUCUUAUACCUUCAUAUUUUUUGCAUUCAUAAUAAACAAUUUCAUUCGUUCACACCUGUCGAUUCCAGUGUUGGAUCCAUGUUUAAUUCGAGUUGAAACUUUUUCCGUUUAGUUGAAAAUAUUGGUUAGACUGUUGGUCCUCGAAGAAUCUUACUAAACUCAAGAAAAUCUAAAGAAAUCUGGCCCCGGGUAAAAUAAUAGCGUUUCUUGUCAAGAGAUUUUCUUUUCAGUUGAAGGGUUGAGAAAUUUUUCGUAGUUCCUUAAUGGCUACCAGUGAUGUUCGUAGCUGGAAAGUUGUUGAAGUUUUCGCUGCAAGCCGAAGCAUGGUGUGCGUUCCAAGCGGUGAUCGUAAGUUCGUCGUGUGGAUCUCUUUUUUUUCGCUCGAAUUUAGCCUGCUCUAGCUUUUUUUCUACAUUCCUGCUUCUCUGCCUUUCGUGUAACAAUCGAGGAAAGAAACGACGUUCUCUUGAUCGACGCUGUGGAAACUGUUGGCAUGGAUAUCUUGUUUUUUCGGGCGGAAUUCUCGUUGAAUCCGCUGCAAUGAGUAAUUCGUACCAUAAAAAUUCAUUAAAAUUGUGGAAUAAUUUUUCAAUUUUUCAACUUUUUUUCUCUGCGUUCAUCCUGCGCUUCCUGCUGUCGAUCAGUAGAAUGUUUGUUUUUGUCGCUGUUGCACCAGAAAAAAAACGACGGCUUCCUGACCGAGUGACAAGAUGUCAGUCGAUUGCCUUCUGGGAAAUUAUGUCCGCGAAAUGCUUUCAUUUCGAUGCUUUGUGUUGAUCGGGUGGGGGGAGGGGUAGUUUUGCUACGUCCAUUUCUUUUUUCCCGGUGCCGUGAUCAACGAAGCACUAUCUGCGCAACUCAUCGUUCGCGUUUUUUCUUUCCUCCCAUAAAACUGAUGACGUAUGAGAAAAAAUUGCGAAAAUAAGUGGAAAGAAAUUUUAGCGGUUCGUUGUUUGUGGGCGAAUCGGCAUCUCCUGUAAGGGUGGAAAGGAGUUUUUCAUGUGUUUUUGACAUAUCAACGGCCCUUGGCUUUCUUGGUUUAUUUAGUUUGCUUGUUUUUUUCUUCCAUUUCUCCUCUGCUCGUGUGGAAAGGAAUUUCGUGCGAAGUUUGUGGACUUAUUACCCUGAGAGGCAUACGGCGGCCCUGCUUAAAAAAUGCUGUGUUUUUAUUUUUCGGCCAAUGUGGGUAUCAUCGUUUUUUGACGUACGCCGGAUGGCAUUUUCAAGUUGAAAAACGUCGUUCGCUUAUUAUCCGUGUUUACGCGAAUUUAAGACGCAAUUUUUUUCGAUUUUGACUUUUUUCCAAUGUGGGUGCUUCCUAGAUUUGCUUGCAAAUGCUUGUAUAUGCGGUGGCCCGAAAAUUCAGCUCAAGGAUUAACUUCUCAGCAACGCAUGGAACAACUAUCUGAACUCCCGAAAAAUUUACUUCAAAAAUAUGAUCUGAACUAAGAUUGGAACUUUGGAAGACGGACGUUUCAGCACACAAAUGUUUAGCAUCUCUUGACUUCUUUCCGAUUCCUAAAUAUUUUCAUUUAUUUUAAGCAUCAAAUUACAGUAGUUAACCCUAUUCUAUGAAUCAUUCAACAUCUUUCUGUCGCUGAGGAUAAACUGAAGGCAUGAUCUGAAUAGAAUGAAAGCAUACAUUUAUUAUCAUCGUGAGAUCAUCUCGAAAAUUUCUCUACGAGCUUUUUGAAUGACUGUUCCUAAUUUUGCGUGAUCUUUAAAUUCAAUUUAUUAAAGUGAGGUACUGUAGUAUGUAUAGUUGGUUACGGCCAUGCCUUUGACGAGUAUGGGAGUUCGAAAAUUGAUGCGUUUGUUUGUCAAAUGUUACCCUGUACAAUUGUGUUUCUGGCAUAUCCUGGAAGCAUGCUUAAGAUUCACCUGCUAAUUUUCAAAUUUUCAUCAGUUUUAGAGACGAAAAACUUGGAGGUUGUCUUGAUUUGAUGGCGUCUUUUUUUCGCGUAAAUUCGGUAUUCUGGAUUUUUUUUUUAUUGCGCUAGUGGUGCAGGAUUUUUUUGGACAAGCGAAAAAAGUAAUGUGUAGGCUAGCGUUUCAUUUGGAUACCAGAUGCAAGGCUUUUGAGUGUCCGUCGCGUGCCCGCAGAUUCCUUACGUGGAGAUAGAUGCUCACCUGUGUUCUGGAGUCAAUCCCGAAAUGUUUUGACGAAGUGAGGGAUUCGUUAUUUUGCGUUUGAAGAAAGAAAAAAGAAACGGUUCUUACCACUGUGCGGUUUGUUCGUUGUUGCCGCGCGAUGUUUUCUCUUGGCUGACUGCAGCUGGUGUUUUUUGUUUCGUUUUUCCUGACAAUUGUGAUCAACGAGAAUUUUUCGGUUCAUUUCUUCGGACGAAUAUUUUGCUUUGUGGAUUAUCGCUGUUUGGUUUUGUUUCAAUGCGUACCUCCGUUUGUGUUUCGGUUCCUCUGAAACGAGGAAGAAAUCAAGGCAGGAUUUCGGAAUUCUAGCUGCUCGUCAUUUUUGUUGUAGGAAAUUCGUGGACGGAAAGAGCUGUUAUAUUUUUUCUCUCGAUUUCUGAAAAGAAGAAAGAGAAGUGCAAGUAGCUGUAGGAUCAGUUGCGCAGGGGUCUCGUCAUUUUCGUUGUCUGUUCGCCAAAAAAGGAAAAAUGGGAAGAGCCAAUGUGGAUCAAAGUCACGCGGCAAUUAUGGCCCUAUCCGUUUGCAAACCAAAUUUUGCAUGUCUGUUCGGUUUCAUAACGGCAAAUGAAAGAAACGCGGAGACAAUUUAUUAAGAAACACUUUACACUCGGGAGAAACGUUGAUCGAUACCGAUGCGGUUUUCGGCGGAGUUUCGCCAAUGGAAACAGAAAAAAAAGAAAUC